AUGGCUGUGUGCGCGGACCAGCUGUUUAAAGUGCUGGUCAUCGGAGAGCUGGGCGUCGGGAAAAGCAGCGUUAUCCUGCGUUAUGUCAAGAAACGCUUCAAUGGCACGUACAAGGCGUCCGUCGGAGUCGACUUCGCCAUGAAGACCGUCGACUGGGACCCGAGGACGGUGGUGAGGCUCCAGCUUUGGGACAUCGCAGGCCAGGAGCAAUUCAAGGAGAUGUCCAGGGUGUUUUACAAGGGGGCCAUGGGAGCCUUGGUUGUCUUUGACCUCUCUAAAGGGUCCACCUUAGAGGCUGCGUCUGCGUGGAAGCAGGAUCUAGACAGCAAAAUCCGGCUGGAAAGCGGAGGCCCCAUCCCUGCUGUACUGCUAGCCAACAAAUGUGACCUGGCAGAGUGGGACCAAAACCUGUGCUCCUCCUUGGACCACUUCUGUAAAGAGAACAGCUUCCUCGGCUGGUUUGAGACCUCAGCAAAGGACAAUGUAAAUAUCGAUGAGGCAGCUCUCCUCCUCAUCCAGCACAUGAUGCAGUGCAGACCGGGCCGGUCCAGCGAGGACGACCGCAAGGACGGGAUCAAAGUGAACCUGGUGCCAGAGGAGACAUGCCACAGCCAAUCACAGUGCUGUGGUGCACGCUGCGGGCAGAGCAGCCCGGCCUCGCCCGGCCGGGAGAAAAGAGAGGAAAUCAGCUCGACCUGCUUUUUGGCAGACGCUCUCUUAGAGGAGAUGUGUGAGGUUGCAACUCGCCGCUGCACCCUCCGGAGGAGACUGUGCUAUUGA